CGUUGAGCGGAAAAUAAGAAUGGUUUCUAACAAGUAAAUUGUGUGCAUUGAACUAUAAGUGUGCCGGAUUUCACAAUUAAACUUUGUUUGCAAACAAUUAUUUUAGCAUAAAAGAAAAUCAUAGAUAUUUAACAAAUGGCUGAACAAUUAAUAAAUGAAUUGGAAAAAGCAGCUGAAGUGAUUUUGGCACCACCAAACUUAAUUUCGGUACAACAACGUCAGUCUGCUGAACAAGUUUUUUUAAGUUUUCGAAAAACUAACUGUCCUUAUGAACUUUGUCGACAAAUUUUGGAAACCAAUACAAAUGAUUAUAUUCUUUUUGAAGCAGCUGAUUUAAUCAAAAUAGCAUUAGUACGAGAAUGGUCAACAUUAUCAAAAUCAGAUAUUUCUUCUUUAAAAGAGUAUCUUUUCCAUUAUAUUAUAAGCAAACCAAAUUUAGCUGCUUAUAUCAGGGCAGUCAUAUCACAAAUAAUUGCAAUUAUAAUCAAAAGAGGCAGCAUAGAUGAUGGUGGACAGGAACGGCAACAUAUGUUAGACAAACUUGAAAACAUGAUAAUGACUGCUAACUUACCACAAAAACUUUUAGCAUGUAAUCUUAUUUCCGUAAUAAUACAAGAAUAUGCAUUCAAUUGCAAAACUUCAAACAUAUAUUUACCAUUGGAAGCACACAUUGAACUUAAAAGACAAUUCCAACCUGACUUGAAAAGGAUUUUUAAAUUUUCUAUGAGAAUAGUUGAAGAGUUAAUUAAAAAAGAUUUACAGGAAGAUAGUAUAGCUCUUCUUAAACAGUUACUUCCAAUUUUGGAGGAUAUACUUUCUUGGCCAUUUUUGAACAAAUCUUUUCCAUAUAUAAUGACAUUUAUUUCCGAAGUUGAUUGUCAUACAUUGAAUUUACCUGAAGAGUGGGAAGAUGUACUUUUACUUCCAAGUGUAUUGGAUCUGUUUUUUACACUGUAUUGGAAAGUGCGAGAGUAUCCACAAUUAACUUACCAUGCAAGAGCAUGUUUAGGUCAGUUAGCAAAUGUAAAUACUGCAACAGAUUCUAAAACAGUACAGUACGUCUCUAAUUAUAUGGAGAGAUUUUUAAAAUUUGUAACAAGCGUUGAUAUCAUCGACCAAGAAGCAGUUGGAAUUGCUAAUAUAGUAAAAGAACUGAUAAUUUUUCAAACUAAAUAUUUAUCUGAAGAUAUUAUCAAAUUGCUUUUGGAACAAUUAUCGCGAUUAACAUACCUAUUUUUGGAAAGUGCAGCACAAGAAAAAUCGUUAGCAGUUGACGAAUCUUUAUACAUGGAAGCUUUAAAUGCUUUGUUUGAUUCGUGGCUGUAUAUUUUGUCUGAGAAAAAUCAACAAAGUUUUGAUUUUUGUAAACAAAGUUUCAUUCAAAUAUUUGAUACAUAUCUUCGAUAUCGUUUAGCACCACCGGAAGGUAUAAGAAAUAUUGAAGAAAAGUCUCUUGAAAAGGAAGAACAAGAUUGUGAAGAGAGUGAUAGGAUCAGAUUUAAGGACCAUUUACAAAUAAUGGGACUUAUUGGAAGACAAAUACUACAUCAUUCUCUUCCACUGUUGGCACAAUUAAUAGAAAAUCGUAUAUCUAAAAUGCGUGAAAAUUUUAAUAUGUUAGUGGGACGGACUGAAUCAUUAGAAAAUAGUUGUAUGAUUAAUUUGUAUGAAGAUAUACAUUGGUUAGUGCUUAUAAUAGGUAAUAUACUUUGUAUGGAAUCUGAAGGUGAAAUUGCUUUGAUACCUUCUGAAAUAAUUACUUAUGAUAGAGAACAGGCACAAGAAGGAAAGGUUGAUGUAAACCUUACGCUACAAUUCUUAGCAUCUUCAGACAAUAUAUCAUCAGAUAUUAAUAUUAAUACUGAAUCAAUAGAUCAUGUCAUACGCUUAAUUGCUGACGUAUUUCGUUUGUGUGCUAUAGAGAAAACUGCAAUAUCUAUUCAUUUAGACAGUAUGUUAAGUCCUGAAUUAAGUUGUACCAUAACAUGGUUUUUAUGUAAAUUAUCUCUUAAUUACCUGCCACUGGUAGAAAGUCAUUAUCUUGAAAUACCUCCUAUAUUUAUAAAAGCAUUUGGAGAUACGCCUGGUGUAUCAUGGAUUGUUAACUUUUUGAUAGAAAAAGUAGAAUUCAAUAUAAGCACCUUUAAGAGUGAGCCAGCAUUAAUGACUGAAACUAUUAACUUGUUAUUAUCACUCGUCAAAUCACCAAAGAGAGCCAGUUACGUCUUGAAGUCUGAACGAUUUGGAAGUAUUGUAAAUUUAGCAACAAAAGAGCAAUAUGACCUCCCACGGUUAGUUAAAAGAGGAUUAAUGCAAGCAGCAGGUCAAAUUGUUUCUGCAGCUCAAGAUACGAAUACAAAACAUUCUUAUUGGAAUCAGAUUUUACAACCAUUAUUAAAUAAAUUGCCUCUAAAGCAACUUACCACAGAUGAAAAAUUUUUGCAAUCUUAUCAUCGAGAGGAUGUUAAAAUGCAAGUUAUGGAUAUUUUGGAUCGUCUUAUUGGAGUUGGACAAGGUACGAAACAGGAAAAUUCGGAAUUGCUGUUGCAACAUAUAUAUCCACUGUUGCGCGAACUUCCAAAUUUAUUAUCAUUGUAUCAUAAUUAUCACGAAGUAAUGGAAUUAAUUUUCGAGUUGCUCUGUGUAUAUACAAAAGAAAGUGAAGCCCUUUAUUACUUAUCACAGACUGAGGCUGCACAGAUGUAUGAAAUAUGUUUACGCACAAUACAAAAUUACACACAUUUCAAUUCAAACCGAAGAACUGCAAGCACAACUGCAGAAGAUGAUAACUAUGAGGAUAUUAUGUUACUAAUGCAUCUGUUAAUGAAUCUUAACGAAAUAUUUAACAGAGAUGCAAUAGAUGCUUUUCUCUGUGGUGCAAGUAUGUUUGUGCCUAUAAUGACUAUAGACUUAUUAAAGUUUCCUUUAUUAUGUUCGCAAUAUUUUAAAAUGGUAAUAUCAUUUUGUAAACUAGCUCCUGAAAAAGUACUCAAUUUAUCUCCUGAAUUAUUACAACGACUUUUAGCAGCAAUAGAAUCAGGUUUAUUUAAUUUUGGUGAUCUUGUGUCUAUGAUAUGUUGCGAUAUUAUUGAACUCUUAGCAAUUCAGGUUUACAAAGACAACUCAAGUGGGCGACCACGAAAUCUUGUAAUGCUACCGUUUUUAAAUGUACUUAUUAAUGCUUUUUGGUCUCAAGAAAUUAACUCUGAUCUUGUACCAUGCAUGGGUGGCCCAUUUUACUAUUUAAUAUGUUGUUAUCAAGACGAGUAUCAGCGGAUUGUACAGAAUAUUUUAUCAAGUCAAAUGGAUCAACAAAAUGCGCAAAGACUAGCUAAUGCCUUUAUACAAUUAACUGAAAAUAUACAAUUGGACGCUAGCUGUAUGAAUAAACUCCAAUUCGAACAAAAUUUUGAUAAAUUCACUAUUAAUGUACGUGGUUUUCUAAUGGUUAAAUAAAAUGUAUUUUUUUCUUUAACCCAUGAAAAUAUAUUUUUAAACGUAAAAUGCGGGUACCCUUAUAGAAGGAAUUCGUUAAGCAUGUAAGCUUUUUAUUGACCGAUUUAUUACACGUUACCACUUACAGUGAGUCUAGCGAAAAAUCGAAUAAUUAUAAUAAUAAUAAUUAAUACAAGUUACAGCAUCGAUGCAUGUUUCUCAUAGCAAACGAUCAAAAACGAAAAUGUUUUUGCAAUAGAUUUUUAGUUACCUUACAAACAAGUACAUGAACUUACAUACUUGGUACAGAUUAAAUCAUCGUUAGCCAUUCUUCGUACGCCUUCGAAUGAUCUUCGACACUUGACAAAAUUGUUACGUUAAUAUUAAAUUUAUUUAUAUAUUUAUAUAAUAUACUUUAUCUGUAUAAGAUAUAUAUAUAAGCAAACAUGCCUUUCGCACUGUCCCUUUCGCACUCACUCUCUCACAGUGCACAAGCACUAAUUCAUUCUCUCCCUUUUACUUCCUCCUUUAUCUCUCUUUAAUUCUGUAUUUUGACUCCUAAUAACAACAAUGAUUAUUAAUCUUA